AGAAUUUAAAAAUGCAUCAAACUGAUGAAAAAGUUGGAAAAUAUAAAUUACGUUGGAUAAUUUUUUUUGCAAUACUUGGAUCAGUAACAUUGUCAACAAUAGCGGCAACAAUAGUGGCAACCAUAGUGACAUGGCUAUUGAAGUAUGAACCAUCACCAGUACCAUUUAACACAGCAGCAAAUUCAACUUUUGAUAGAAACAAUGAAUAUAUCCUGGAUUUUGGAAACGUUAAUAGUGAGACUGAUUUAUGCUCAAAAAUGGGACGUUUUAUUUUAAACAAAAAUGGAUCAGCUGUUGAUUCAGCAAUAACGACAAUGAUUUGUAAUGGUAUAAUGAAGCCAUCAGCAAUGGGUAUUGGUGGUGGUUUUUUGAUGACAAUUUACGAUCGUAAAAAUAAACAGGCACAUUUUUUGAAUGCCAAAGAUAAAGCACCACUUGCUGCUCACAGAAAUAUGUUCAACGGUACUAAUGAGAAAUCAUCUAAAAUUGGAUCACUUGCUAUUGGAGUACCAGGUGAGGUUGCUGGCUAUUGGGAGGCUCAUCAAAAAUUUGGUAAACUUGCUUGUUAUGACAAAACAUGUCCUCAAUUUUGUGAAACAAUAAGAAUUAUUGCUGAACAAGGUGCUAAUGAAUUUUACAAUGGUACACUUGGUGAAAUGUUGAUUGACGAUUUAACAGAUCAGGGAAGUAUAAUGACUAUUGACGAUUUAAAAAAUUAUCGUGUUAAAUGGACAGAUCCAAUUGUUUCUGAUUUUUUAAAUGGAACAAAAUUAUUUACAUCAAAUUUACCUGGUAGUGGUGGACUAUUAGUUUUAAUGUUAAAUAUUUUUGAUGAAUUUAAAUUCACUCGUAAAAAUUUAAUAGGACUGCCAAAUGAAAUUGAAACAUAUCACAGAAUAAUUGAGACAUGGAAAUAUGUUUAUGCAAUUAGAAGUCAAAUGGGAGAUCCAGACUUUACCAAUAUGACUGAUUUAAUGAAAAAUAUAACAUCAAAAGAUUUUGCAAGAAAUAUCAAAAAUAAAAUAGAUGAUAAAAGAACUUUCAAUGAACCAAGUCAUUAUGGAGGUGCUGAGAAUCUUCUAGAGGAUCAUGGAACAUCACAUAUGUCAGUAAUAGCACCAAAUGGUGAUGCUGUUGCUGUAACUAGUAGUCUCAAUGGACUGUAUGGAAGUACAAUAAGAAGCUAUCAAACAGGAGUUCUUUUAAACAGUGCAAUGGAUGAUUUUUCAAUUCCUUCAAUAACAAAUACAUAUUCAUUACCAGGAGUUAAUAAAAAUAAUGAAGUUGAAGGUGGAAAACGACCCCUUUCAUCAAUGGUACCAUCAAUUAUUACAACACCAAAUGGUGAUGUUAGAAUGGUUAUUGGAGCUGCUGGUGGUACACAAAUAACAACAUCAACUUCAUACGUCAUAGCUAGACACUUGUUCAUGGGUGAUUCAAUACAAAGAGCUAUAUCUGCACCAAGAAUUCAUCAUCAACUUUAUCCAAUGGCGGUGUCUUGUGGUACGCUGUUUCCCAAAAGAAUAUCCCUUGGUUUACAAAAAUUGGGUCAUGUUGUAAAAUUAUCUGAUACUGCUUCCUCUGUUAUUGGUCUUGUGCAAAUUAAUGGAACAGUUAUUGGUCAUCUUAAUUCGAUGGGAUAG